AUGUCAAACGUUCGUCUAUCACAAAUCCGUGCCAUAUUUUCGGUAUCUGAUCCUAGUAGGGAAAUCUUAGCCGAAAUACCCAUCAGCGCUCCCGCUCUCAGGGAACCCGGAACUCUGGAUUCAUAUCCUCCUCCACCCCAAGCGGCAAGUAUAGCUUCAGACGAAUGGGCUGCUCAUGAGGAGGAUAGUUGGUACUUCUUCCUGUCGGAGAUCGCUCUUCGACGAAUCACAGAUCAAGUCGCCGAGGUGGUUUCCAAACAUAUCAAUGCCAAGGACCAGUCUUCCAGGUUUCCUAGUGUCGAUUUGCUCAUACCCAUCGUGGCCGAGUUUGAGCGGCAAACUGAAACGUUUCGAGAACAUCUCCCUCCAUCCAUCAAGUUUCCGGACGUCCCACAGACGACAAGCACUGAGUGGCAACAAUUCAGUCGCGGACGCUACUAUCGCGCACUGGAGCUCAUGCACAGGCCUUUUCUAUUCGCUGCUCUCCACGAGCCCGACUGUAGCCCUGUGAUAAAACCAUUGGCGGAAAAAGCACUAUUCAAUGCCUUGAGAUACAUUCAACACAGUUGUAUCAGCCACCGGCACCAUGGAACGUGGCUACAACUUCGAAAUGAACUAAAGGCAGCAACGCUUCUGCUCGCCGCCACGAGGUCGACUUGGGUGAACAUGCCUUAUGGAUGGGAAGCUGGGGUUGCCAAGUCGUUGGACACCUUUGAAUACUGGUCAUUGGAAUACCCUUCUUGCAAAACAUAUGCUAACGUGAUCCGUACGUUAGCUGACUCGUCCUUGGUGAAUGACGAAGAAGAGGAUGCUGCGAUUGAUUAUACAUGA